GUCUCACGCCGGGCGCGGUCUCCCUCCCUGACAUGGAGAGUAACCUGUCUGGCCUGGUGCCUGCUGCUGGGCUUGUGCCUGCACUGCCACCUACAGUGACCCUGGGACUGACUGCGGCCUACACCACUUUGUAUGGCCUGCUCUUCUUCUCUGUCUAUGCCCAGCUCUGGCUGGUGCUUCUGUAUGGGCACAAGCGCCUCAGCUAUCAGACGGUGUUCCUGGCACUCUGUCUGCUCUGGGCCGCCCUGCGCACCACCCUCUUCUCCUUCUACUUCCGAGAUACUUCCCGGGCCAACCACCUGGGGCCCUUGCCCUUCUGGCUUCUCUACUGCUGUCCUGUCUGCCUGCAGUUCUUUACACUGACGCUCAUGAACCUCUACUUUGCCCAGGUGGUGUUCAAGGCCAAGGCAAAGCGUCAGCCGAAGAUGAGCCGAGGCCUGCUGGCCGUCCGAGGGACCUUUGUGGGGGCCUCGCUGCUUUUUCUGCUGGUGAAUGUGCUGUGUGCAGUGCUGUCCCGCCGGCGACGGGCACAGCCCUGGGCCCUACUGCUGGUGCGCGUCCUGGUGAGCGACUCCCUCUUCGUCAUCUGUGCUCUCUCUCUUGCUGCCUGCCUCUGCCUCGUCGCCAGGCGGGCUCCCUCCACUAGCAUCUACCUGGAGGCGAAGGGGACCAGUGUGUGCCAGGCAGCUGCCAUAGGUGGCGCUAUGGUUCUGUUGUAUGCCAGCCGGGCUUGCUACAACCUGGCAGCCCUGGCCUUGGCCCCCCGGAGCCAGCUGGAUGCCUUUGAUUAUGACUGGUACAACGUAUCUGAUCAGGCGGACUUGGUAAAUGACCUGGGGAACAAAGGCUACCUGGUAUUUGGCCUCAUUCUCUUUGUGUGGGAGCUGCUGCCCACCACCCUGCUAGUGGGCUUUUUCCGGGUGCACCGGCCUCCGCAGGAUCUGAGCACCAGCCAUAUCCUCAAUGGGCAGGUCUUUGGCUCCCGUUCCUAUUUCUUUGAUCGGGCUGGGCACUGUGAGGAUGAGGCCUGUUCCUGGGAGCACAGCCGGGGAGAGAGCACCAGCAUGUCGGGCAGCCUGGGCUCUGGCAGCUGGUAUGGUGCCAUCGGGCGUGAGCCGGGCUGGUGCGGGGGCAGCCAGACGAGGACCACUCCUCUGCUCUUCUCCCAGGUGCCAGGACCGGGUGGCCACCACCACAGCCUCUACUGUACCCCACAGACGUGACCCCCUCUCCACUACCCUCCCCAGAACACCCAGACCCAAGUUCCCCUUGGCCUGGCCUUUGUGCCAAGUUUAUCUGCCGCUUCUUGACCAGGAUCCUGGGGGCGAUGGCUGCCCACUCCUCUAGCCAGCCCCUUGCUGCUCCUGUCAUAGUGAGCUUGUGCCACCUUCCUAAGAUGGGGGCAUGGGCCUCGCUGCCAGAUGCCCACUGUGCCCUGGCAUGACCUACCACCUCUGCUUCCACACUGGAGCCAGCUACCUCCUGUGCCUGCCACUCAAUAAACAGUGUCUGUGCCCUGGUCUAUUCA